AUCUCAGGCCCCGGCUCCUCACCACCCCUAAGAGUGCCUGUGUCCGGCCCCCAGGAGGGCCUGGGGCAGUCACUAGGGAUAGAUGUCCCAUGGUGGAGCUCAGGCGGCGCUAACCUCCGCUCCCUGCAGCACCGCCGCCCUGAGGGUGGAGCCCGACCGCUCCGCCUUGCACACCUCUUGCUGCACAGGUAGGGCUGGGCAGAGCCUGAAACCAAGUCGGAGGAGCGACACCUUUUAAAAAAGUGCUCCUGUCCGCUGUCCUCCUCAUUGCCAGCCAGUCGCAGGGAGCUCCAGAGCCACACAGAAAUGUCCAAAUCACACAGUUGCUUUGGUUACCCCCUGAGCAUCUUCUUCAUCGUGGUCAAUGAGUUCUGUGAAAGAUUUUCCUACUAUGGAAUGAGAGCAAUCCUGAUCCUGUAUUUCACAAAUUUCAUGGGCUGGAAUGAUAAUCUCUCCACCGCCAUCUACCACACGUUUGUUGCUCUGUGCUACCUGACGCCCAUUCUUGGAGCCCUUAUUGCCGACUCAUGGCUGGGAAAGUUCAAGACGAUUGUGUCUCUGUCCAUCGUCUACACAAUUGGACAAGCAGUCAUUUCGAUAAGCUCAAUUAAUGACCUCACAGACCACAACCAUGACGGGACCCCUGAUAGCCUUACUACACAUGCGGCACUGUCCAUGAUCGGCCUGGCCCUGAUUGCGCUGGGCACUGGAGGAAUUAAGCCCUGCGUGUCUGCAUUUGGUGGAGAUCAGUUUGAAGAGGGCCAGGAAAAACAAAGAAACAGAUUUUUUUCCAUCUUUUAUUUGGCCAUUAAUGCUGGAAGUUUGCUUUCUACCAUCAUCACGCCCAUGCUCAGAGUUCAACAAUGUGGAAUUCACAGUCAACAAUCUUGUUACCCACUGGCAUUUGGGGUUCCUGCUGCUCUCAUGGCUGUAUCCCUGAUUGUGUUUGUCAUGGGCAGCAGCAUGUACAAGAAGUACCAGCCGCAGGGCAACGUCAUGGCUAAAGUGGUCAAGUGCAUCGGGUUUGCCAUCAAAAAUCGAUUUAGACACCGCAGUAAAAGAUUUCCCAAGAGGGAGCACUGGCUGGACUGGGCUAAAGAGAAGUAUGACGAGCGGCUUAUCUCUCAAAUCAAGAUGGUGACCAGGGUGAUGUUCCUGUAUAUUCCACUCCCCAUGUUCUGGGCCUUGUUUGACCAGCAGGGCUCCCGAUGGACACUGCAAGCAACAACUAUGAACGGGAAAAUUGGAGCUAUUGAAAUUCAGCCGGAUCAGAUGCAGACCGUGAAUGCCAUUUUGAUUGUUAUCAUGGUCCCCAUCUUCGAUGGUGUGCUGUAUCCUCUGAUUGCAAAGUGUGGUCUCAAUUUCAGCUCCUUAAAGAGGAUGACAGUUGGAAUGUUCCUGGCUGCCAUGGCCUUCGUGGCGGCUGCACUUGUCCAGCUGGAAAUUGAUAAAACGCUUCCAGUCUUCCCUUUAGGACAUGAAGUCCAAAUUAAAGUUUUGAAUAUAGGAAACGAUAACAUGACUGUUUCCUUUCCUGGAAAGAUGGUGGCAUCUGGUGCAAUGUCUCAAACAAAUGAAUUCAUGACUUUCGAUGUAGACAAACUGACAAGUAUCAACAUUUCUUCUGCUGGAUCACCGGUCACUGCUGUCACUCAGGACUUCAUGCCGGGCCAGCGCCACACCCUCCUCGUGUGGGCCCCCAAUCACUACCAUGUGGUAAAUGAUGGUCUUAACAUGAAACCAGAAAAAGGAGAAAAUGGAAUCAGGUUUGUAAAUACUUUCAAUGAGCUCAUCAGCGUCACCAUGAGUGGGAAGGUUUAUGAAAACAUCACCAGUAACGACGCCAGCCAGUAUCAGUUUUUCACUUCUGGCACAAAAACCUUCACACUAAACUCACCAGAGAUUUUGCCACCGUGUCCGCAUGAUUUCAAAUCUUCCUACCUUGGAUUUGGCAGUGCCUAUACCUAUGUAAUCAAAAGGAAGGAUGAUGGCUGUGUUGAAGUGAAGGAGUUUGAAGAUAUUUCACCCAACACAGUUAACAUGGCUCUGCAAAUCCCACAGUAUUUCCUCAUCACGUGUGGCGAGGUGGUCUUCUCUGUCACGGGAUUGGAAUUCUCAUAUUCUCAGGCUCCUUCCAACAUGAAGUCGGUGCUUCAAGCAGGAUGGCUGCUGACGGUGGCUGUGGGCAACAUCAUCGUGCUCAUCGUGGCAGGGGCAGGCCAGAUCAGCCAGCAGUGGGCUGAAUACAUUCUAUUUGCCGCGUUGCUUCUCGUCGUCUGCGUAAUAUUUGCCAUCAUGGCUCGGUUCUACACUUACGUCAACCCAGCAGAGGUUGAAGCGCAAUUUGAUGAGGAUGAAAAGAAAAAGAACAGGGAAAAGAGUGACCCAUAUGCUGCAUCAGGCCCCAACUCCCAGACACAGAUGUGAGGGCCGAGAAGCCAGUGGAGGAGGACUAGGCCCAGCAGGUGCCCUGACCUCUGUCCCAGGUGGCAGGACAGACAGUGCAUGGAUGGCCCCUGGGGGGGUUGACUUCAGAACUGGCAACCAAACCAGGAGAGCUGUGAAGCCAACAAUGAAUCUAAAAUUCUGGAAGAAGUCUGUUUUUUUUUGUUUGUUUGUUUGUUUUAAGUGUUAUUUAAAUCACACACACUCUCACUCACUUACACACACACUUGCACACAUUUUCACAACCCUGAGAGCAUACCAUGAAUUUUUCUCCUUUCUUAGUGUACAAAUGAAAUUGUUUUGAAUAACUUAAUUUUGAAAAAAAAAGUUCCAUAUUGGUUGCAGUUGAACAUUAUUUGAACACUAUGUUCAACAGGCGGGAGCCAGUGCCAAAAAGUGGGUUUUACAAUGGUUUGUCAUAGUCCCAGCUAGUAAUAAGUGGUAAUUUUAACUUUCGGGUUGUUUUGUUUUGCUGUUCAAGUCCCUCUUUUUAAAUUAUGUAUAACUCAAAAGACCAUUUGUGUGAAGGCCAAUAAUGAUUUUUAAAGUGUCAAUGGUAUGAAAUAAAUUUCUAUUCUCAAGA